AUGAACGUCCUCUCCGCACCCAACUUGCUCUGGAGUCUGUAUGUCGACUACCUUUGGAACUACCAGCGAGGAUCAUGGGUCUACAGCGUGGCUUCGACAUUUCGUGUACUAGCGUUUACCAUCAUAGUCCCCUUCGUCCUCCUCACUUUGUUGGACGUAGCGUCGUACGUUAUAGCACGCACUCUCGGCGUCAUCGAUGAAACGAAGGCGUCGACGAGCGAAACGGUCGCCGGCGAGGCUCCUACCGCGGAAAAGAGCGCGGCGUUGCGUUCUACUCCUGCAUACCUUACGGUUCCGCCCCUCGCCUACUUCCGCAACCCUCUGGAGGAAGGAAAUCCUCGACUUUCUGGCGUGGGCAUGUUCUCGCCCACUCCGUCGCAGCCACCCUCCCCCACCAUGUCGCGCCGCGAACUCAGCCAACACAUGCAUAAUGUUCCGGAGAAGAAGCCCGACCAUGGGCGAGGCCCCUAUGAAACCCACCGAGAGGCUUCUAGGGAGUCGAGCAGUGGGGAGUCGUCUUACACGUUGUUGGAAGCGGAGUCGGGUCCCGAGGACGCUCAGCUGACCCUUCGAAAGAGGGCGAAGCAGCCAAAGAUACAGUCAGAAAAGGCCUCGGUGUCAUAG